AUGGGGGUGACCAACAUUCAGGAUGCGAAGCUUCUCAUCCAAGCCUCGCGCCAGGUCGAUCGCGCCAAUGGUCUGAAGGAUCUUGUCCACAUCCUCAAGCACAACCGCGGCAAGCCUACUCUCGAGGCAUUGGGCAACAAAGCCUACCUGGCGCUGUGCGACACCCUCUUCCAGUGUCUGCGAGACGAGCGCUCCGCGUUUCUGCGCAGCAAGACCAAGACGGCCAAGUCAGCCGUGCUCCUUCCUCUUUCUGCUUCAGCAUUGCGCCAUGUCAUAGCCACGGGCGUGCGAACCAUCAAGAGCUCCACUGUGGAGAUCAUCAUAGACACAAUCAUUGAAGUGUUUCCAGACACGGAUGGGUCGCUUCUCAAGCCCUUGCUCGAGGACCUGCCCAAGACGUUACGAUCGCUGUUUGAGUAUCAACCGCACGUCGAGCGCCUCUCCAAAGACUGCUGGGACGCUGCGGUAGACUUCUGCAUAGACUCGCUGUCCAGCUUCUUCGCGCCAGCAGAGCCAGAAGUUGAGCCUCACAACAGCUGGAGCACCAGCGUCUCCAGUCGAGCACGUACUCCAUUCGAGUCCACUGAUGUCACCUCAUCGCGUGCCAGUCCCCGCGCUCCAGUCGCAAGAACAAAGUCAGCAAAUGACGAUAAGUCCCAUAUCGCAGAGGAUUUCGUACAAUGCCUGAGCUCUCUUGUCAAGGCCGCAAAUGCUCCUCUGCUCGACAAGGCUGAUGCAGUUAUUGCUGGCCUGCUCCAAUAUCUUCGCCGUAGGUCCGGACGUAGCAGCGGUGCGGUCGCUGCCCUUGCUGCUAUCAAUUCAAUACUCACAAGGAUUGCGCUCCAGUCUCUAGAGCUGACCAAGCAGACUGUCCGGGAGCUGCUUCCUCUGAUGAAGCCCAUGUGGUCUGAGGUGGCGCUCCGAGAUGAGAUCAUUAUCACACUGGUGCAUACUGAGGCUCACAUCUCCAGUCUCCUAGACAACCCAGACGAUGAAUCAGUCAGGUUCGAUCUCGAGGCAUUAAUUGAGACCAUGUACGGUGAAUAUCGUAAAAGGCAAGACACUACAGCUCACCAGUAUUUGGAAGAAGACCAUCUAUGCUUCCGCCACUUAGGCUACGCCAACAAGGACACUCAUCCACUGAACACUUGCGCCUUCUCCAUGGAAACCGAGCAAGUCCGAUUUGAGGGUCUAUGGGGUACUGUAUCCACCAUCGCAAGAGCUUCACACAUGCUCGAUCAACAGAGAUGCACAUCCAGCCAAGAGUACAGUAACAUGGAAAAUGCCGCUAAACGUGUACGUGUCACGCAAUUAUUUCAGGAGUACCUUCGCCAUGUCCUUGAGCCCCGAUCUAAUGCCAAGCGCGCAGCAUUGCAGGUGGUCGCCUUCAUGGUUCAAGAAGGACCCGUCGAUAAAGAAGACCUACAGUCCAUGUUAGAGAAACUUACUUCAUGCAUCGCAGAUGAGAACCCGGCCCAUGCGGUAUGGGCAAUGAUCGGCCUCGCUGGAGCUGCGCUCCAGCGAACUGCCACUCAUGCUUCACUCAAGUCAUACUGGAUCUCCGCUUGGCAGAGCGCAUCCAGAGCCGCGACGUCCAUGUCAGUCUCCCGUGCUGCUUCCCACUUGAUGGAUGUUCUACUCAGGCUACAAAUCGUACCUUUCUCUGCUGUCUCCGAUAUUGUGCAAUCAAUGCUCCUCUCAAUCGAGUUAAGUGGUCCUGCUGCUCUCACCGAAACAAGCUCGUCCUUGAUGGCUACAAUCAUGCGUGAGCGCAUGCAAGAGAACCCAACGCAUUUCAAUACCACCUCUGAACGAGUUCUGAGCUGGUUGUUCAGCAAAUGGACACCUAGUACUGACCCCGAAGAUCGCCGCGUCAGUGCCAUAGAGUCGUGCACUGCAACCCUUUGCAAGUCCUUGGCUGAGGUCUUGACUAGGCCUCAAGUGGAACAGCAGAAGGUGGACGCCGUUCUCGAAACUUGUACCAAAAGUCUGCCCUGCAUCAGCUCAAUCCAUCAAUUGAAGCUGGAUGUUUUCAAGCAAGCUGGUAUUCAUGUCCUGGCACAGCACCUCUGCAAAGCGCUUGGUGAUCGCAGGAGUACCAGACAAUCAUUUCACGCAGAGGAUGACGACUUCAUGGAUGUCGACGAUACAGCAGACUCUCAGACCACAGCUAUUGUCAAUGGAUCGGAAACCGACGUUCCCAGACAUGACAUUCAAGCCCAGAGCGACACAUAUGCCCUGCGUGCGUCAUGCGCAGCUUAUCUACAGCUUAUAACGUCAGUUGCUGCUGAGAGUGAUUUAGAACACAGCCGGAUUCCAACGAAAUUCGUUGACUUUCUCGUGUCGCUUCAGGAAAGCGAACUCCUUCGGUCUCGUCCCCUUCUUCGUGCGUUGUGGGACAGUGAUUUCGCAAUUUCUCGCAAUGAUUGCUUCAAUCUGCUUGAACGUUACAGCGAAGCCCUUAUUGACCCCCGUGCUCGCGAAUACAACACCUCAGAAGUCGCCAAUGGCAUGCUAGUCGAGGUGCUCAUUGGCACCGUACUGGUAUGGGGACCCGACACAAUAGAUCGCGAUGCGCAAGACCUCUAUGAAAAUGUGGAAGCAUUAUAUGCCUACUAUGUCAAAGAGAUGGAGAAGAAUGGAGUCAGACAAUCGGCGAAUUUGCAGAAGCUCGUUGCCGUCUUCUUGCACCAUCUUUUGAAGCAUCAUCCAGACUUGGGACAGCAUCGCAAAGUGCCGUCUGUUCGUACAAGUCUUUUCGGACUGCUUGCGCGGAGUGAAAUGACAGUGAAGCACCACAUUGCAGAACAACUCCCAACGAUGUUCGAAGACUUUGUCCUUUCUGAGCACGACAAGAUCCUCCGAGACGUCGACAGCAGCUUGCCGGGCGAUGAUGAAGGCAUCGAAGGGAUCGCCGUUCGCUUACUUGUCUUGUCUAAGCUGGCAUCUCAGUGGCAUACACUCCUGCGUCAAUGCAUUUAUCUCAUCUUCGCAACAGCCGGCUCCGUACAAGGCGCAGCUAUGCAUGCGAAAACCUGUAUAGCCAACGUUGCGCGAGCGCGAGGGCUGGACAACUCGCAGUAUCUAUUUCGCUUGUUUGCACCUCAAGUGAUAUUUAUAUGGCUUGAUCGCGGUCGCAUUCUUGCCGAUAUACCGUUCGUCUCUUUUGGUUACAAUACAUUAGAAGAACUGUUGCGCGACAUUACGGCAGAAGCAGUCGGCCAAGCUAUGAUGUGUGGACGGAAGACAGAAGUGGAGUACCUCGCGGAUCGACUAGGCAUGUCUGUGGGUGACCUCUUGCUAGCAAACAUGGGCAAGGCAGCCGCAUACACAAUUGCUUGGGACACAUGCAGAGGAUUUGCACGUAACAGAGCAGAGCCUAGCAACUCAGACUUGCUCAAGAGGCUGGUCGGCAGCGAUCUCUAUUACAGCACCAUACAGAAACAUUCCCCUCAGAUUCUCGGCUACAUUUUUCAAACUAUCGAUCAUGAAGAACGCGUUCCUAAGGCUCUGGAGAAGAAGCCAGCUUUCGUUGCUGCAGCCGAGAUCAUGGCAGCCAUGACUGACGUCAGUCACUCAUCGCAGAACCUCAACAUUGGGAUCGAACCUGCUUUCUCGGCAUUCUAUCUCCCAGAUCAAUUGGAACGCGAUGACCCGGCUACUCUGUGGUCACCAAACUCAUAUACGUAUGUCUUGCGCUCAAUUCUGGAUCGUAUCCACCCGGCUCUUGGGUCACUUUAUGCCCGGUCGAUGAUCCGCAAGAUUCGCAUCCUUGUCGCCUUGGCCGGCCCAGUGGCCUAUGAGGGAUACCCACUUCAGAUGACCCUCCAAUCAUUGCGACCUUUUCUGAUAGAUGUGCAAUGCGCAGAAGAUGCAGUAGGCAUCAUGCAACAUUUAUUUGAGCAUGGCACUCACUAUCUCCGGAAGCACCUUGCUUUUCUGACGGGUAUCGGUCUUUCUAUCCUCAUCUCUGUGCGUGUAUUCCUCGGCUCUACACAGGAAAGUACGACCCAGCAGUCACAACAUGUGUCAACAAUGACCGCGGCGAACAGAUUCCACAAAUGGCUCUCCGAGUAUCUCAGGGCUCACGCAGAAGCCAUGAGUGCCAGUGAGCGUUCAUCUUCAGUGAAAGCAUUCAGGCUCAUUACAACGGCAGCCUCUCAGGUGACAGCCGAAGGGAACUCAUUACGUGGCAGUGAGGAGAGCAAGCUGUUACUCGAGAUUCUCGAUGACGUGGGCUCGGGCCGCAAGCUCCUCAAUAAAACUUCACGAGAGGUUGCACUCAAUCUGCUAUGCCAGAACUUUCAGCCGGCUUCGAUGGCCCGUGAUGAUAUACUGGGCGUAGACCGAGAUGCUGCAGAAUAUGCACCUCUUGUCUGGGAUUCUUGCCAACGAAAUGGCGUUGGACACGGCUAUCUUCUGUGGGCAGCGAAGGUGCUGGGACGUGCUUACAGCGCGGAAGCUAUCGUCCGAGAGGUCAUCGAUCUCUUCUACAGUGACGACCGCGCCGAAGUAAGUUUGGCAGAGGACGCUGUCAGACGAUUGAUAUCACGAAUUGAUAAGCGCGAUCCGGUGUAUGUCGCAGAGAUGGCAAUGGCAAUACCGGAAGCCAUUGCUAAAGCACUGGGAUUACCCAUCCCGGACCAUUCACUCGAAGCAUCUCUCACCGGUGCAGAUAGUCUCGAACAGUCGAUUGCCCGUAACACUACUGAGUCUGUCCCUGCUUGGAUUCGCGGAUUUGCGAUGGCGCUUUGUAGGACCAGCAUACACGAUCCCAUUCUUGGAGCCCUCUCCAAUCUCCUCGACGGAAUCGACUCGAUGGCGGAAAGACUUUUGCCGUUUAUACUUCAUCUCGUCCUACUCAAUGAAUUCGAAGGCGAACGCAGGGUUCGGAAGUGCGUUUCUGCUGCCAUGAUGCUAUGGUUCCAACGGUGCGAUUCGCCGACCACGCCAUAUGUGCGCAUUUUGAUCGAGGCCAUUCUAUAUCUCCGCAGCCAGCCAGUACCAAAAGAGACCACUCGCGUAGACCGAGAUCGCUGGCUUGAGAUCGAUUUCUUGACGGCAUCGCAGGCUGCGAACACUUGCGGCAUGUACAGGAGCGCUCUUCUGUUUGCUGAGACGUCUUCCGGUCAGCCUAUUAUCAAGAGUAGCUCCAGGAGAUCUUCCGUCUUGGUCGAGGCACCAAAGAUACCGCUCGACUUACAGCUUUCAAUUUACAAGAAUCUUGACGAGCCUGAUUCGUUUUACGGAGUUGAGCGUGGCUCUACCUUACUUUCUGUUUUAGACCGUCUCGAAUAUGAGGGUGACGGUGGUAAAACUCUUCUUUUCCGUGGGGCGCGCCUCGAUAGUCAGAUGCGCCGAACGAACGCAUUUGACCCUUCGGAUUCCCGUGGAACAGUGAAGUCUCUCAUUAUGCUGAACCUGAACAGCGUUACUCAUUCGCUGCUCUCGAACGACCAAUUCCAAGACAUAGGCGAUGAUGUUGUUGAAAGUACGCUUCAUACUGCACGCAAACUCGGGCAAUGGGACAUCAAGGCCCCUGAGGCGAACCACACUGAGUCCAGCACACUUUUCAAGGCAUUCCAGGGGUUGCAUUUUGCCAAAAGUGCGGUAGAGGCGAAGGAGAACUUUGAACGACAGCUGAUAGCUACCAUGAAUUUUCUGACUAGCCAGGGCGACUCUUCGGUGCCAGAGAAGGCCCGCUUACGAACGUUGGCAGCUCUGACGGAGGCUGAUGAAGUUAUCAGAGCCGAGCGGUCUGAGCAUUUGCUCGACACAUGGGAUCGCAUGAGGGCGAGAGAGAAGUGGAUGCGGGCUGGCGAAUUCCGCGAUGUACGCCAGCUCCUUUCGUGCCGCGAGACUUUGUUCAACGUCAUCAGUGCCAAUUCAGCACUUGUGGACUCAUUGCACGCAAGGACAGGCACUAUUGUAAAGCGUGUGGGCCUAGACAUUGAAGCUACCGCACAGCAUGAAGUUGCAAACGUACUAUGGGAGCAAGGCGAAACCGACAUAUCGAUACGCAUGCGACAGCAUCUCAUUGAGCAUGCUGAUUUUGAUUCUCAAAAGGUUGACCUGAGUCUGCCGGUCCUUCUUGCUAGACUGGGUCAUCACCUUGCUGAAGCACGCUUGGAGAAGCCUGACUCGAUUAUGAAAGAGUAUCUCGAGCCCGCGAUCCGGGAACUAAAAGGCCAAAAACAUGGUUCUGGACCAGGGCAAGUAUUUCACGAAUUCGCUUUCUUCUGCGAUAAGCAGCUUCAAAGCCCAGAAGCAGCCGAAGACAUGGACCGCAUCAAAACUGUCAUGGAUCGCAAAUGGCAGGAGUACAAUGAGUUCACGAAGCUCUCCAAGACCGAUAAGAGCAAAGGCAUGCGAGAGACAUACCACCGAAGUGCUCGUCGUGCAAAGACGUGGUACGACCUCGACCACGCUGAGUACGAGAGGCUACGCAAAGGCCGGGAACAAUUCUUGCGACAAUGUCUCGAGAACUAUCUGCUUUCCCUGAUAGCCAGCGAUGAGUACAACCACGACGCACUUCGCGUUUUCUCUCUCUGGCUAGAGUACGCGGAUACAGACCUCGCGAAUGCUGCGGUCAAGUCCUAUCUCAAGGACGUACCGAGCGGCAAAUUUGCGCUGCUCAUGAACCAGUUGUCGUCGCGUUUGCAGGCUGAAGAGACUGCGUUUCAUAACCUCCUGAUGGAGCUUGUGUUCCGCAUAUGUGUCGAGCAUCCCUACCAUGGGAUGCAUCAAAUCUUCGCGAUUCAUAUGAAAGUGGGAGCCAUAACUCGUGAGGAUACCAUUCGUGCUAAGGAUGAGUCGGCAAGAUCCCGACAGAAAGCAGCUGGAGGUCUUGCCACUGCGCUGGGCCAGGACAAGACUGCCCGGUCGUACUGGAGCUCGAUAUAUCAAUCAAACGAAAUCUAUCAUCACCUUGCCAUGUUCAAGGGUGAGAAGGAAAGCACACAGCAGGGCCGCGAGUUACCAUUGGAUCGAUACAAAGAGUCCAAAGACCUCGUCAGUAAGGUACCAAAGCUUAACGUCCCUCCAGCAACGCUGCAGGUGGAGGUUAGGGCAAGUAAGAACUACACGGAUCUGCCACGGAUUCAGAGGUUCAAGUCAACAAUGAGCAUUGCAAAUGGUCUCAGUGCACCAAAGGUCAUCACUGCUAUCGGUACAGAUGGACGCCCAUAUAAGCAGCUAUUCAAAUCCGGUAACGAUGAUCUCCGUCAAGAUGCUAUCAUGGAGCAGGUAUUCGAUCAAGUCUCCAGACUCCUCCGAAACCAUACUGCUACGCGUAUCCGCAACAUUGGCAUUCGAACAUAUAAGGUUCUACCUCUAUCCACGCGCUCUGGACUCAUGGAGUUCGUACAGAAUACAAUCCCACUACAUCUCUGGGUCAUGCCAGCGCACGAGAAGUACUAUCCGAAUGACUACAAGCCGGAUCGAUGCAGGAAGGAGAUUGGUGCGGCCCAGCAGGACUCACUCUCAACCCGUACCAAGGUGUGGCAGAAGGUCGCUGACAAUUUCCAUCCCGUUUUGCGCUACUUCCUACUCGAGCGCUUCCAGGACCCCGAUGAAUGGUUUGAGCGGCGCUUAGCAUAUACACGCUCCACGGCUGCCAUAUCGAUUCUUGGUCACGUUCUUGGUCUCGGAGAUCGGCAUUGCCACAACAUUCUCCUAGACGAGAAGUCGGGCGAGGUAGUCCAUAUCGACCUUGGCGUCAGUUUCGAAGCUGGACGUGUCUUACCGGUACCAGAGGUCGUUCCCUUCCGCCUAACGCGCGAUCUCGUCGACGCCAUGGGCUACACCAAGACCGAAGGAGUAUUCCGUCGCAGUUGCGAGUUCACCAUGGACACUCUUCGCGAAGAGCGCGAGUCCAUCAUGACGCUGCUCAAUGUGCUUCGCUAUGAUCCGCUUGUGAACUGGAGCGUAACUCCUACCAAAGCCAAGCGCAUGCAAGAAGGCAAUCAAGACACUAAUGUGCAGAAUGGUGCCCGGGCUUCAACUGUCGCACCUGGUGGGACCCCUGCGCCGUCAGGUCAGGCGGCGAUGGAAGAUCAAGUUGUACACGAGAGCAACAAGAAGAGGGAGAAGGAGGAACAGGCGGGAGAAGCUGGCAGAGCGCUCAGCGUGGUGGAAAAGAAGCUGAGCAAGACGUUGAGUACGAAGGCGACUGUCAACGAAUUGAUUCAGCAGGCGACCGAUGAGAGGAAUCUGGCGGUGCUGUACAUGGGAUGGGCAAGCUAUGCAUAG